AACAAUGGCGUUUCUCCACCGACAAUCUCCGUUCUGUGUUUUCGUGAUAGCACUCACAUUUCUCGUUUUGCUAACAUCGCCGGCGAGUUCUCUCGACUGUUCAUCACAGAAGUUCGCCAACAACCUCUACGCAAACUGUACCGAUCUACCAACUCUUAAGUCGUCCCUCCACUGGAUUUACAUCUCCAAAACCUCCUCCCUCUCUAUUGCAUUCAUCGCGCCUCCGCCCAAACCCGACGGUUGGAUUGCUUGGGCCAUUAACCCGACGCAAACCGGCAUGGCCGGUUCUCAAGCGCUCAUAGCUUUCAAGGACGCCAACGGCUCGAUGACGGUGAAGAAAUACAACAUCAGUUCGUACUCCUCCAUCGUCGAAGGCGAGAUCUCUUUUGAAGUUCCGGAAUCCAGAGCGGAGUAUUCAGGCGGAUCGAUGAAGAUCUUCGCAACGGUGAAGUUACCGGAAACAAUGACGGAGGUGAAUCAUGUCUGGCAGGUCGGUGGUUUGGUGACGGAAGGAAGGCCGACGAAACAUGAAUUCCAGCCGGCGAAUUUGAAGGCGGUCGGAAAACUUCAUCUGAAAUUGGCAGAGAAGGAACAGAAUAAUAGUACAACCGCCGGUAGUCCUAUCGUUUCCCCAAUCUCAAGUCCAAGCCCUAGCACCAGUUCUGCUUCUUGCAACACCAAAAUGUACGUAUAUUUUAUGCUUAUAAUUGGGGCUCUGAUCUCAAAUUAGAAAACAAACAUAAAACGUUAUGUUGAUUUCUAUGUUUUUCGAUCGAUUUUACGCCAUGAUCGAUCAUCAUCUACAUGUUACAUUGAAUUAAAAAGAAAAAUAUCAGUUGCGCUUUG